CCUUGUGAAUAGAGAGAGAGAGAGAGAUGGGUUUUGCAGGAGCUUUGGGGAUCAUUUUUGCCUCAAUGCUAGUGAGUUGCACCAAUAACUUAGCAGUCUCAGCUUUCGAUGAAUCAGGAGUCAUUCACGUGGGUGGAAAAGUGCUGUGCCAGGACUGCACUCAGGGCUGGAACGAAUGGGUUAAUGGUGGCAAGCCUAUCAAAGGUGUUAAGGUGUCCCUAACAUGCAUGGACAAGAGAAGCAGGGUUGUGUAUUACACAAGUGAUACAACAGAUGAGUUGGGGCAGUACGACUUAACUGUGAACAAGUAUGUUAACGGCAAGGAAUUGGAUACAAAACGAUGCUCAGUGAGGUUGGUAUCGUCUCCAGGUAAUGUUUGCAAUAUCCUUACCGAUUUUGGUGGUGGAAAGUCUGGCGUCAAACUCAACUACCCGACAUCAGUCUAUCGCAGCUUAAUCAAAUACGUCCUCAACCCUUUCUAUUAUACCACUCCUAUGUGCGAUAAGCCAGACACUGAUGUCGAUGAUUCUGAACCUAAAGAUCCCCAAGGACAAGGAAAAGGAGGCUAUUACUAAUUAAUGGGGAUGCUCUCUCUGGUUUCAAUAUAGAUGAUUUUCUUAUUUCUCAUUUAUUUACUUUUGCAAGAGAAGUGUAUGUGAACCUAAAUUCAAGU